AUGGAUCCCAGCCUGGGCAUGAAGCAUGCAUCAGGUGGCCUCGAGGUGGCCGUCGUGGCGGCCAGGUGUCGCUCGGUGGCACUGCGGCUGGCUAGGGUGGUGCACGAGGGGCCCGUGUUGGUGACGAGCCGUCCCACCUGCCAAUCAACAGCCCCACUAAGGGCCAGCUGCGGACAACAGCCACGACAACAAAAACUACUACAUCAACAACAACCACCGAUACAACAAGAGUUUGCCUUUGCUCUGAUGUGGCGAUGUGCUACGUGUGUUUUCUCGGGUUCGAAACGACCGUGCCAACCCCCUGUAUUACAUAUGGCUUCGACAUGCUGCGACUCAGUGGGAAUCCCAAACUUCAGAAUAUUCUGCAGAUUGCAUUACUCAAGAUGGAAGUGCGUUGAGACCAUUUCACCCUUGCUAUGUUUUGGAAGAACACCAUGCCACGUCUGAUAAUUAAUGCAGUGUCUGAUAUCUUGGGAACGUGACACCCCCUCGAGCUGAUGGUGGCCGACAAAUUGGGGGUCCUUCACAAGCUGCUUCAGGGUCUGCCUGCAUUGAAGUGCCAUAUUCCAGUGUACCUGGUGUUGCUGCAGAAGAGCCUGUUGAGACAGGUUCAGUUCGAGCAGAAAAUUUGAUUGCAAAUUAUGCUGGCCAAGAAGACAGAGUCAGCACGGAGCAAGACUUUGCCCAAAAUAGUACAGAAGAUUUCACAGCCAAGAGUUUCGAACUGGUCAGCCCUGAAGGACGCUGGUGUUAUGUGCAAUUUUGUGAAAUAUAUUUAAUUUACAUGAA